CCCGAUUGUGUAUCCAACAAACUUCCUGGCACAUGGCGAUCAAGUAAAACAGCACUCACAUUGUCUCAUCAGUACUUCAGCGCGAUCCCAUGGCAACGCCCGAUUCGCAUGCCAUAGUGCGCAUCGUUCAGGGGCUCAAGGACGAACGUGACGAAUGGGAGACCAAAGCCCAAUUCUACAAGGCUGCCUUUGAGAUGCAAAACAAGCAAUUGCGAGAGGCUCUUGACAUUUGUGUUGCCACUCAAGCCGAACUCCAGAAUGAACGUCUGAUACAUGAACGAAAUUGCUCGGCUGUGAACCGAAACAUAAGUCACAACGCCAUCGAUUCUACAAUCGUGCACUCGAACAUCGAAUCGUCGAUCAAGUCCUCAAUCGAGGACGAUUUUGAUUUCGACUGGGAAUCCGCAAGUUCGUCUAACAGCACCUUCGAUGAUGUGAAGAAUCUAGUAUACAAUGAAGGGUACGCGGCGGGAUUAAGAGCGUUGGAUCGUAUACUUCCUGGUCCGUUAAGCCACGAAUCUCGCGUCGAGGGUCUCUUGCUGAAGAGUGCUAUGCUAAGGGUAUCCGGCGGCACUCAGUGGCUUUAUGAUGCUCUUGCGCAGUGUAGCGAGGCUCUUGAGCUAUGCUCUCGGAUAUCAGACCUGGCAAUAUAUCUCCCGAAGAUUCAGUACCAGCGCGGUGUUUGUCUUUAUCAGCUCGGUAUGUUUAGCCAGGCACACGAGGCGUUUCAGGCCAUCGAUGCCCAGAGCGAACUGCAUGAGCAAGCAGUCCAAUAUUGCAAAUCCUGCGACGAAUCCGAGAGAUCGCAUGCGCGUAAGCGUAGAUCUGCUUUUGAGGAGCAUCGCAACUACGCGGAAGGCGGCAUUGCGUUCACGACAGAGAGCGGCACAACGGUGAGGAACCAUUCAUUCUAUCUACAAGAAUCUGGAUGGCUUUUCUCACACUCUGCUAGAAACCCAAACAGCGUCGCUUUAGCCAGCCUAUCAUGCUCUGCUCCUCGCUCAAGCCCUCAAGAAAUUCUCUACCUCAUCGCUGGAUGCUUUCCAAGACAGCUGAAUGACAGUGGCGUUAGAGAUGCCGUCUGACUUACCCCAAAGCGUACGAGGUCAAAAGUGCAUCACGUGUGCUCUCGGGAUAGAGACAGAGACAGACCAAGAUAUUUGAAGAUGUACUACAUACCAAUGACAUGUUGUUUCAUACGCCUUCCCCGCACUCCUUUGUUUUUCGACUUUGUCUCUCCGUUUUGUGAUAUGUAAUGUUACACGGGGUUUCUAGAACGCUACCGGAAUCCAUUCUCAUGGAACAAAGAUGUCACGACGCCCGAUUUAAACAUCAAAGACUGAUUAAAUCCAUCGUUCGCAUUCGUGUCAUAUCUCAUUAGGUGUGAAAGCACACUUCAAAACUCGCAAUUCACUGUGACUCUUACCUCGAGAGUUGAAUUAGGAGUACACCGCACGUUGACUAGCGUCCAUUACAAUAGCCAUAAU